AUGGAGCAGGAGAACCUCACCACCACAGUGACAGAUUUUGUCCUCUUGGGCCUCACCCAAAGUCCUGAGCUGCAGCGAUUCCUCUUCAUUGUCUUCUCCAUAGUCUACCUGACAACCUGGCUCGGAAACUUCACCAUCAUCAUCAGUGUGAUAACUGACCGCCAGCUCCACACCCCUAUGUACUUCCUGCUGGCCAACCUGGCUUUCAUAGAUAUUAGUGACUCUACAGUCAGUGUGCCAAAGAUGCUCUUGGGUCUCCUCUCCCAGCGCAAAACCAUCUCCUUCAAUGAAUGCAUCCUCCAGAUGUUCUUCUUCCACUUCAUUGCCGGUGCUAUGGUAUUUUUACUUGCAGUGAUGGCCGCCGAUAGAUACGUGGCUAUCCAUAAACCAUUGCAAUAUUUGACUAUCAUGAACUGGGGUGUGUGCAUGGGGCUAGUGGCCGCGGCAUGGCUAGGUGGCUUUGUCCAUUCCAUUGUCCAGGUUGCACUGACAAUCCAACUGCCUUUCUGUGGACCCAAUACACUGGACAAUUUCUACUGUGAUGUCCCUCAGGUGAUCAAAUUGGCUUGCACAGACACCUACAUGGUGGAGUUGCUGAUGGUCUCCAACAGUGGGCUGCUCACCAUCAUCAUCUUCAUCAUCCUGAUUGUGUCAUACACAGUCAUCUUGGUUAAGAUAAGGACCCAUGUCCCAGAAGGGAAGCACAAAGCCCUGUCCACCUGCGGAGCCCAGGUUGUGGUGGUGAGCAUCCAUUUCAUGCCCUGUAUCUUCAUCUACGCUCGACCCUUCCGGAAAUUUUCCAUAGACAAAGCAGUAUCUGCUCUCUACACAGUCAUUACCCCAAUGCUCAAUCCCAUGAUCUACACGCUAAGAAAUACUGAGAUGAAGAAUGCCAUCAAGUGA